GACAGCCACACACACACACACACACACACACACACACACGCAGACUUUUGACUAUUUUUGGAUCUGUCGUCGUGGCGCAGAGACGAGAAGAAGAAGAGGAGGCUCAACUUUUCAUGGAAAACAAGAGGUCGCGCUGACUGCUGACUUUAAAAGGUGAUAGUGAGCAGAGGUGCUGAGAAUGAUGGACCAUCUCAGCGAGGCGUGUCUGGGCAAGGACAACUCUGACCUGGUUAACAGCCUGGCAGAGGCCAAGGCGCCGCCGGCCAAGUUGCCCCGGCUGGAGCAGAACGGCAGCCCGCUGGGCCGAGCCAGGCUGGGCAGCACCGGGGCCAAGCUCGCCGGCGUCCCGUACAAACCCACGGGUCACCUGCUGAAGACCUGCCACAAGAGGGGCAACAUGCUGCCGGUGUUCUGUGUCGUCGAGCACUACGAGAAUCCCAUGGAUUUCGACAGCAAGGAGGAGCACGCCGAGUUCGUCCUGGUGCGUAAGGACAUGCUCUUCAACCAGCUCAUUGAGAUGGCGCUGCUGUCACUGGGCUACUCCCACAGCUCGGCGGCCCAGGCCAAAGGCAUGAUUCAGGUGGGGAAGUGGAAUCCUCUCCCACUGUCAUACGUGACAGACGCACCGGACGCCACAGUGGCGGACAUGCUGCAGGAUGUCUACCACGUGGUCACGCUUAAGAUCCAGCUGCACAGUUGUCCUAAGCUGGAGGACCUGCCACCCGAGCAAUGGAGCCACUCUACAGUAAACGCCCUCAAGGAGUUACUCAAAGACAUGAAUCAGAGCUCUCGCAAAGAAUGUCCCUUAUCACAGAGUAUGAUUUCCUCCAUUGUGAACAGCACUUACUAUGCAAAUGUGUCGGCGGCGAAGUGUCAGGAAUUUGGGCGCUGGUAUAAACAUUUCAAGAAGACAAAAGAUAUGAUGGGCAUGCGCCAGCCCUCCCAGCUGGAGGGCUACCUGGGUACGUGUGUCCUCCGUGAGAGCCCGCGUGCCAAUGCACUAGCGGAGAUCGACAGCCUCGCUGACCUCUCCCCGCCCAGCUCCAACCACACCCACAACCACAACCACAACCACCUGGGCUUCUCCCAGCAGCAGCAGCCCAUCCCCGGCAGCACGGCGGAGCAGACGCCGUCCUCGCAAGUGCCGCCGCUGCCCCACGCGCCGCCGUCGCACGGCGGGCAGACGGGCGGCCGGCAGCCGCAGCUGCCCGGCCUGCACCACCCGGGCCUGGUGUCCACGCCCAUCAGCCCGCAGCUGGUCAACCAGCAGCUGGUGAUGGCGCAGAUCCUCAACCAGCAGUACGCGGUGAACCGGCUGCUGGCGCAGCAGUCGCUGUCGCAGCAGUACCUCAACCACCCGCCCGUCAGCCGCAGCUCGCACAACAAGCCCAUGGAGCCGCAGGUGGCGUCCAACACGGAGGUGUCGUCCGAGAUCUACCAGUGGGUGAGGGACGAGCUGAAGCGAGCGGGCAUCUCUCAGGCCGUGUUCGCCCGCGUGGCUUUCAACAGAACCCAGGGGCUGCUGUCCGAGAUCCUGCGCAAAGAGGAGGACCCUAAGACGGCGUCCCAGUCGCUGCUGGUCAACCUGCGCGCCAUGCAGAACUUCCUGCAGCUGCCCGAGGCCGAGCGAGACCGCAUCUAUCAGGAGGAGAGGGAGCGCAGCCUGACAGCCGCCUCCGCCAUGGGCUCCGCUCCGCUCAUCAGCACUCCGCCCAGCCGCCCUGUCCAGCCCCGGCGGGAGGACUGCAACAGCGUCAGGCCGGAGGACUGGAAUCCCCGGAUCCCUGUGGGCAUUUCCCCUGUGAAGCCGUCGCCUCUGCCGAGCGAGUGGAACGGGAAGACGGAGAGCUGCAUCCUCAACAUCAACUCCACCAUCUACGACGAGAUCCAGCAGGAGAUGAAGAGGGCCAAGGUUUCCCAGGCUCUGUUCGCCAAGGUGGCCGCCUCCAAGAGCCAGGUACCAAGACACACACGUCCCAGCUACACAGAGGGCGGGGGUUGUAAAACAACCACCAUCCGAGGAGCUCCGGUACCAUGCCAGCACUUGGUGACUGUGGUGGAGGAUGGCUCAGCUGGCUGGAUGCCCAUAUGGGGUCCAGGGAAGUAA